AAAGUGGCGAACUGCGACGUGACUAGGGCGCCGCGUGGGUGCUCGAACGAGCAAACGAGGCAGCGGGCGAAGGACGCCAGCCGGACCGUGGGCCCUGCGGACGUCCGGCUCGCGCGGCCGCGUCAAGCACACGCUCGGCGCUGCGAGCCACGCACAUAACGAUAUUUGGAUUUGAACUGCAUUUUGGAAUUCAUCUACACUUAAAAUGCCACCGGUAGUUGGAGGUCCAGUUGGAUACACCCCCCCAGAUGGAGGCUGGGGGUGGGCAGUGGUAGUUGGAGCUUUCAUUUCCAUUGGCUUCUCUUAUGCAUUUCCCAAAUCUAUUACUGUCUUCUUCAAAGAAAUUGAAGGUAUAUUCAAUGCCACCACCAGUGAAGUGUCAUGGAUAUCUUCCAUCAUGUUGGCUGUCAUGUAUGGUGGAGGUCCUAUCAGCAGUAUCCUGGUGAAUAAAUAUGGCAGUCGUCCAGUCAUGAUUGUUGGUGGCUGCUUGUCAGGCUGUGGCUUGAUUGCGGCUUCUUUCUGUAACACUGUACAGGAGCUUUACUUGUGCAUUGGAGUCAUUGGAGGUCUUGGGCUUGCCUUCAACUUGAAUCCAGCUUUGACCAUGAUUGGAAAGUAUUUCUACAAGAGACGACCAUUGGCAAAUGGACUGGCCAUGGCAGGCAGCCCUGUGUUCCUGUCUACCCUGGCCCCCCUCAACCAGGCUUUCUUUGACAUCUUUGGCUGGAGAGGAAGCUUUCUAAUUCUUGGGGGCUUAUUGCUAAACUGCUGUGUAGCUGGAGCCCUGAUGCGACCAAUAGGGCCCAAACCAACCAAGGAAGGGAAAGCUAGGUCUAAAGAUUCUCUUCAGGAAGCUGGAAAAUCUGAUGCAAAAAAAGAUGCAGGUGAAGCAAAUACAGAUCUUAUUGGAGGACACCCCAAAGAGGAGAAACAAUCAGUCUUCCAAACAAUUAAUAAAUUCCUGGACUUAUCCCUGUUCACUCACAGAGGCUUUUUGCUGUAUCUCUCUGGAAAUGUCGUCAUGUUUUUUGGACUGUUUACACCUUUGGUUUUUCUCAGUAAUUAUGGCAAGAGUCAGCAUUAUUCUAGUGAGAAGUCUGCCUUCCUUCUUUCCAUUCUGGCUUUUGUUGACAUGGUAGCCAGACCUUCUAUGGGACUUGUAGCCAACACAAAGUGGAUAAGACCUCGAGUUCAGUAUUUCUUUGCUGCUUCUAUUAUUGCAAAUGGAGUGUGUCAUUUACUAGCACCUUUAUCCACCAGCUAUGUUGGGUUCUGUGUCUAUGCGGGAUUCUUUGGAUUUGCCUUUGGGUGGCUCAGCUCAGUAUUGUUUGAAACACUGAUGGACCUCGUCGGACCCCAGAGGUUCUCCAGCGCUGUGGGAUUGGUGACCAUUGUGGAAUGCUGUCCUGUCCUCCUGGGACCACCACUUUUAGGUCGUCUCAAUGACAUGUAUGGAGACUACAAAUACACAUACUGGGCAUGUGGUGUGAUCCUAAUUAUUGCAGGUAUCUAUCUCUUCAUUGGCAUGGGCAUCAAUUAUCGACUUGUGGCAAAAGAACAGAAAGCAGAGGAGAAGCAGAAAAAAGAAAGUAAAGAAUUGGAGACUGGUAUAGAUUUUGCCGAGAAGCCAAAAGAAGUUACAAAAACAGCAGAAUCUCCGGAGCAGAAAGGCACAGAAGGAGGUCCCAAAGAGGAGGAGAGUCCAGUCUGAACCCCUGGGGCUGAAGGGUAAAUGGAGCAGUUCAUGACCCAGGAUACCUGAAAAUCUUCUACUGGCCUGUUAUCUACCAGUGGUGCUCAAUGCAGAUAGUGGACAUUUGUGUGGAAAUCAUACCAGGUGUUCAUUGAUGGAAUUUUUAUUUUACUCCUUACCAAUAGCCUGAAUUUAAAAUACCGUAUGUUUUGGGGAAGGAGUGGUUGGCAAAGGUUGAGGGAAGGAAGUAGGUUUUGCUUUGUUUUUUUUUUUUUUUUUCUUAGCUUUUAACAGUGUCAUGAAGAUUAUAAUAUGUGCCUUAAGUUUUAGUCUUUAGAACCCUUUAGAGAGCCUUAACUUUUUAAACCAUUCUGCUGAAUUCAUCUAUUUUAAGUAUCAUGUUAAAAGGAAGAAUAACACCUAACUUGUUUGAGGCAAAUCAAAAAUUUAAAAUUAAUCUUGCUUCAUUGUUAUUUAUAAUGUGCUGUCAGGCAUUAUCACUGGAAGAUUUAUGAAUAGAAAUAUUGGUUGAAAGUUGGAGGUUUUAUAAAAUGCUGACAUAUUUUCUUAGCAUGAGUAGUUGCCUGAUAUAUGUGCCUACUAGCUAUAUAUUUAGGGAAUUUAAAGUAUAAAACUUUGGAAACCUCUUGGCUGUUCUAACCACAUGUAUUUGUCAGCACCUCUUGGGUACCUUUUCUUGGAAUGCUAUUUAGAAGCCAAGUGCUUGAGGGUUGUUUUCAUUAAGUUACUAUUUUUUGCACCCCUGUUCAAAGAUAAAUUUUGAGUGGUUGUAGAUCAUUGCCCCUUUUGAAAUCACCUAGUAAUAUUAAAUAUACAGAGCUAUAUAUUUGUGCCUUCUUGGUAAAUACAAGACAUUUAAUUAAAUGUAGAGAGAUAUUUCAAACAGCUGAAUUCAGCUUAAGUUUUUCCAAGAUCUCAGUUAAACUGUAAGACUAUUGAAAUCUUUUUUUUUUUUCCUAGAAUUUUUCCCCUUUGAUUCAUAGUGAUUCCAUUUAUAUCUGCUUCUAGCUUGCAGGUGUGUGUGUGAUUUUCAGUGUGUAUGUAUUUGGUGUUUGUUUUUUUCCCAUUGUUUGCAAAUAAAUGAGGGCCAGAAAAAUUUGGCCUCAGGCAAACCAAUGAAGAUAAGAUUGGGAGGGAAGUUGCUAAGUGUGCUUAGUUCAAUAAGCAUUUUCUUUUUUUUUUUUUUUCCUUAGAAGGGCUUAACGAAAAUUAUGUUAUGCUUGGAAUUAUUGGACACAUUCUUAUUCUCCCCACAAACCUACAGAUUUUGUGACCCUUUUCACUUAUGUGAAGAUUAGAGAAGUUCAUUAUAAAGUUGGAGGUGGACCAGAAUGAAAACUGUAAAUAUUUUUUAACCUGAUAUCUUUUAAAUUGAUGCAAAAAGAUAUGGAUAGACAUUCAGUGAAUUAUGUUCAGUGCAUUGGAAAUAACCAUUGUAAUUGACAGAGUGAAAGUAGAGAUACAAAACCUUGCGUAAGAGGCUGAUUUUUCUAAAUAAACUUUUUUUUAAGAAAAUGUUUCUUCCUCCAAAUAUUUAUUUUCUUGAGCAAAAUACUGCUGUGUUAAGUUUCAAUUUGGCCCUUGCUGAUAUUAAAUUAAAUCAUCCAACUUAUGUACCUUGA